AUCGAAGGCCAUCCCAGUGGUGGCCGCUCAUCGGAGCUUUCAGCUGGGGAAACGGGUACUGCCGGCCAGUGGUACUUGCACCUCAAAUUCUCAAUGCCGGGCUGGUUCUUGCUACUAGUAGAUGAUGCCAAUAGCAUUCAUAUACACAUACAAGAGCCGACAGGUUUCUACCCAUGUAUAUGAAGGCAAGCUUUCGCCACAUACGAAUAAUGAACGUUCUUCUAGCUUCUCGAAGUCGAGUCACAGUCCCGACCCUCAGCCAGAGCGGUCAGAAGCAAAGAAGAGAUCCUAUUGGGUGGUUUGCAGCAAUGCCGUGAUUCUACCAAGUUCGACGACGGGCCGAAGCUCUCCGGGACGAUUUUUACGACACCUGCCGUCUCCCUUCUUUUACUUUCUUCUCCCCGGAAUCAGUGCAGAAAAACUUGUCAACUUCUUCCUACCUCUCUUCCCUUCUCAUCCUAUCCUACCUAUACCCUUUAUACCUCUCUAUCCAUACUCCUCUCCCCUCGAUUGAAUCGACCGGAGUGCUUCUAUACUUCCAUUUUCUUUAAUACCUGUAUUAUCCCUUCCUUUUAAUCACAUUCACAAUGCUGUCCUCUCGUAUCUCCCGC